UCUCUAGAUUCCACAACUUCCGUCGUUUGGUAGAAUUUCGAGGUAUAGAGUGAACGUUCUUUCUUUCUACACAAUGGCGGCUGUACGGUCGAUCUCGAAAAAACGCAAGUUCGUUGGAGAUGGAGUUUUUAAAGCUGAAUUGAAUGAGUUUCUGACUCGUGAGCUCGCCGAAGAUGGAUAUUCUGGAGUCGAAGUACGAGUUACACCAACUCGUACCGAGAUUAUUCUCAUGGCAACUCACACCCAGAGUGUACUCGGUGAAAAAGGACGUAGAAUCCGCGAGUUGACUUCUGUCGUUCAAAAAAGAUUCAACUUCAAAGAUCAAACUGUUGAAUUGUACGCUGAAAAAGUUGCUACCCGUGGUCUUUGCGCCAUCGCUCAAGCUGAAUCACUUCGUUACAAGUUGAUUGGAGGUCUUGCUGUCAGAAGAGCUUGCUAUGGUGUCCUUCGUUUCAUCAUGGAAUCUGGUGCUAAAGGAUGCGAAGUAGUAGUCAGUGGUAAAUUGAGAGGUCAACGUGCCAAGAGCAUGAAAUUCGUUGACGGAUUGAUGAUUCACUCUGGUGAACCCACCGCCGAUUACGUCGAUACCGCAACUCGUCACGUACUUCUCAGACAAGGAGUGCUAGGAAUCAAAGUUAAAAUCAUGUUGCCAUGGGAUCCAAAUGGCAAAAUUGGACCUAAGAAGCCAUUGCCUGAUAAUGUCAAUGUUGUUGAACCAAAAGAAGAGGUCAUUCAUCAACAACCAAGCUCUGAAAUUAAAACUGCUAAAGAUGCACCUCAACCAACUCCUAUAAUUGUGUAAUUACAUGAGUAUUUACAAUAAAAAAAAUCAUUUAAAAUUA